UGAUAGAAUAACUUACAUAACAAUAAUCAUAAGGUAAUAAAUAUGUAUAAAUGAAAUUGUAAAUUUUCUUUUGUUCUCAAUUAUCCGCAUAUCCGUAUUUAAUGAUGGUGAAAAGAAAGAAAUGAAACUCUUGAUUACAUCAUAAUAAUAAUAAUAAUGUUUUAGCCGUUUUAAAUGUCUUCAACUUCAAAUAUAAUGUAUAAUAUUUCUUUCAUGUCGGGUCCUCCAGCUGUCACUGUGUGUGUGUGUGUGUGUGAAUUACUCGUUUUUUUGUUUGUUUGUGUGCUCUGUUACCAUGAUUCACAUACACACGAACAUACUUCAUAUUGAUCAAUCUUAUACUUUAGUUUCUUUCUUUAUUAUAUUAGAAAAUAAUUAAUUACUUAAAGAAAAACUAUCUAAACAAUCAACAACAAUGAAGAUAUAUAGGCAAUAAUGUAGAAAUAAAACUAUGAUAUGAAAAUGAUUUUUUUAAAUAAAUCUUUUUGAGGUAGGAUUGUGGAUGUGUAUUAUUGAGGAGUCCAACAAUAGGACGAAACAGUCAUCCAGUUCAUUCAGGUUUUUGAUGAUGAUCUAGCUUCAAUUGACUCAUGAUCUUAACUAAUAAAAAAUUACUAUCCAAAAAGUUCCUUCUGAUAUUAAUCAACAUAUGCUUAUAGUAUCGGUUAUUAUGUUAAGCCAAUAUACUUUAUUCUAACUUUUGGACAGCCCAAUCUAUUCAUUCUACUUGAGUCAUAUUUUGACCUUGUUAAUUAUUCGCUUAUCAAUCUUGACUGUUUUUAUAUGAGCGCUUAGGUGUGUGUACAUUUCUUAUCCCAUUACACAUCACAUGUCUGUAACUUUUGUGUAACUAUAAGUAUUGAUUAACGCUUGGUUAAAUAAGAGUUGGCUUACAAGCCAUCUCCACUCUGCGUCGUUUCUCUUCUCUCUAUUCCAUUCGCUUCAUAUACAAAAUAUGUGUAUUCGAAAGUCCAUUCUCGUUAUUCGACUUAUUUAAUUCCGUCAUUGACUGAAGCGAAUAAAGUCGAUGAUUAUAUACGAGGAUAGGCGAUAACAAACAUUCAUACGAUCUAAUUGGAUUCAGAUCUUAGGCCACUAAAGUGGGGAGCCCUUUCGAUAACAUAGUCCGAUCUGAAUCACGACAAAAUAACGGGCCCUACAUACUCACUAGUGACUGGUCUGAAGAGGUAUUUCAUGGAGUCCUAGUGAGAAGCAGUGACCAGUGGAGUUCAACCGAGUCUGUUGUGAGAUAGUAACUCACUGAAGACAAUGGUGGAUGUGUCGCUCAAUUUCGUAGAUUCGUUGAAGUUAGAGAUUAACAAAGUUGGAUACCAACAAGCUCAGUAGUCUAGACGUUAAGCGCUCGCGCUUGAGACCGGUAGGUCCUGGAUUCGAAUCUCAUGAGGUUGGAUCGUGGAUGAGCACUGCUGAGGAGUCCCACAAUAGGAUUAAACAGCCGUCCAGUACUUUUAGGUUUUCCAUGGUGGUCUAGCUUUAAUUGACUUAUGAUCUCAACUAUUAAAAAACAAGAUUAUUAAAUAAUUAUUCAUUAAAAUUAUACAAUUUUGAAUUUCAUGUGGUAAAAGUAACUCCUUGAAGAUUAUAAAUUUAAUUUAAUGACAUGUAUCAACUAAUGUGAAACUCAUGCUGAAAACCUCUUAUCAAUUAUAUGCAAAGAUGGAUAGUGGCUAGUAGUGGAAUCCAGGAAGCGCAACACUUUGUCCUAUUUGGGACUUGUCAACCUGAUGUACCUAUAUCUUAGAGCUGAUAUUCAUUAUGGGACUCGAGCCCAGUACUGUUCAUUUCAAACAUCAUCGCGUUAUCCACUCAGCUACUGAGUCCUACUGAUAGCAACUUGCUAAGGCGAUGGGGUGAAGUUUAAAUUCACUUGAUAUUGUCUACCUAAAUCUUCCCAUUGAUGUUUAGGACCGCAAUUGUCUAUAAUCAUUUAAAAUAAAAUUAACAAUAAUAAUAUACCAUAAAUAUUAAAUAAUUUAGCUUAUUUAUAUAUUUGAGUAGUAUAAUACGAUGAAGAUUAUCAGAACUAUAUGUUAACAUAACAGGUCAAUUACACUAGAAAUGAAUGUUAAAAGGAAACAGAAAAAUAAUAAAGAAAAUAAAUAUGAAAAGAAAAACACAAUAUGAUACUCAUUAUAUUAGAUAAUAAACUAGAAUAGAUUUAUAUUGAGAACAAAACUGUUUUGUUUUGUUCUUUCAAAAGAUAAAGAAGGUUCGAAUGUUUCUAUAAUCAAGACUUCAAAUAAACUUUAGUAUAUACUUUCAGUAGUUGAGAUCAUGAGUUAAUUGAAGCUAGACCACCAUGGAAAACGUGGAAGUACUGAAACGUCGUUCCGUUCUAUUGUGGGACUCCUCAGUAGUGUGCAUCCACGAACCCGCGUCGCGGGAUUCAAACCCAAGGCCUAUCAGUCUCGCGCGCGAGUGCUUAACGUCUAAACCACUGAGCUGGCUGGCAUCCAACAGUGUAAUGUCUAACUUCAACUAAUCCACAAAAUUGAGCUACACAUGCGCACUGCUGAGGAGUCCCAUAAUAUGACGAAACGGUCAUCCAGUGCUUCCAGGUUUUCCAUAGUGAUCUAGCUCCAAUCGAUUCAUGGUCUCAACUAUUGAAACUUCUACAAUCUCCACAAAACCCCUUCUGAUUUAGUAUUUACUCUUUAAAACUUUUAUACAAUACUACAAAAGUCAUGUUCAAAAUUAAUUCUAUGAUCUAUUUCAAUUAUACACUUAGCAAUAGAAGCCAAUGAUUGUUUAUUAUUUACUAUGUGAUAUGGCUCAGAAUCAAUCACAGUGUCAUCGGUGUAUACACUCUUUGUCUUCCCUUGAAAUAUGAGAUUAAAAUUGCUUCAUAUCUUUCUUUCUACGAACUAAUUCCUUCUUUCUGUAUCGUAUCCUUAUAUGUCAUCUUUCUUUUAUAUAUUACCACCAUUGAAUUAACUACUUCUAUGAAUACGGUGUUCAUCUUGUUGUGCUAAUGAGUUAUGGCGACUUGGACCGAUGCAUAUAUGUGCCUAGUUCUACGUUGUAGCUGACUAACUGACUGACUUUUAUCAGAUUAUUUACUUUUACAAUGUAUAUAUGAUAUUUAGACAUAAUUUAAUCAAUAUGAAAAACUAAACAAAUAUGACAUCAGUAUCAGAAAGUGUUUCUGUGGAUAUUAUAAUAAUUUCAAUAGUUGAAAUUAUGAGUCAAUUUGAAGCUAGAUCACCAUGAAAAACAUGAAAGUACUGGAUGGACGUUUCGUCCUAUUGUAGGACUCUUCAGUAGUGAUAUAAACUACAACCUGAAGUGAAUAUUGAUAUGAUGAGAUUAAAAAUAGGAAGAAAGCAACAAAGAAAAUUAGAUUCUUUUAUACAUUUUGAUACUUGAUCAAUAGUAUUUCCGUUUAAAUUCAAUAUGAUAAUUAUUUAGUGUAAUAUUUGUUACUGUUUUUCUCCAUAUGAUAUUUUAUUCUGUAUAAUAUACGAUAUUCUUGUAUUAAACAUUAACAUGAACUUGGCUCAGCAUGCGAUUUUGUUAUAACCCUGAGUAUUUUUCAUACAUAUGAUUUCAUCCCAUCAAAAUGGGUGUACAAUCAAACAUAUAAAUGAGUAUAUUUUCGACUAAAGUCGUUGUCAUAGUGUUUCAGGGUUACUAGCAGAGUUUAGGAGUCAAAUCUAGCGUUCAAUCAUAAAACAUAUAAGUGACGACAGAAGCAAACCACAAUGAAUAUUUCUUUGGAGCAACUAGAAGCCUAUAUGGAACGUUGAGAAAAGGUUCAAAUCAGAAUUAUGUAAGCCCUUAUGCAAAAAAUGUGCCUGUCGUAGCAAAAACCCGCUUCUGAUGAAUUUCAAGUAUCGCAUAUUGAUUCAGUCAAUAACGUAAUCCAUGAAUUUAAUUUUGGUGGUGAAACAAGUGUUACUUGUGGUUUGAGAAAUAUAAAGAUCUGUUCCAUGUUGGUCUCUACAGACUGGAUGACGCCUCAAAAGCCAGAAUACAUAUAAGAAAUCUUGGGUAGAUGGAACACUAACGCUGUAAAAACUUUAUAUACCCAAAGAACCUACAAGACUUUAGUUUUGAUGAAACAAUUGAAACCCUGUCUCAAAUCUUCAUAGAACAGUCAUCUCUAUUUAAUAUCCGUUACCAGUGAUUGAAGAUAACGGAAGAACCAAGAGAUGACUGGGUAAACCAAGCGAGAAUUGUGAACCGAGAAUGUGAAAGGUCUAAAAAUCAUCGUUGUACUACAUGUUCCAGAAGAGGGCACAAGGAAAGUCUCUACAAAACCCAGAAACGCCAUCAACCGAAAGUGUAUUCUAAAAGAUUCAAGACGCGAACAGCCAAAGUAAUGGUAGUUCUUAACAGAACCGGCUCCCAUAACCGUAGAAAGUAUGCUUGUCUCAAGAAUAAUGGAUAUGAUGCCCGCUUACAGUUGGACACAGCUUCAGAAAUGACACUUAUACGCAGUAAUUUAAACGAAACAGUGGCAAUCGUAUAUGAUACGCCCAGUGGUCCAGUAAUGCUCAUUUUAAAGACAUGCUUUGUAGUUGGUUCAAAUUCCAUCAUCCCUGAAACACAAUGUAUAAGCAAUGAAUUACGCAGCUCACAGAAAGACGGUGCCUUGUUAAAUGCUCGUGAAACUGUUUCAGUAUCUACUCACGAAGAAAAACAAAAAAUAAAUCAAGCAGCAUAAAGAAUACAGUUGCACCAAAUGGAAUUCAUUUUUCUGCGACAAAAGUUUAUGGUGAGACUACCUAUAGCGAUUAUCUAGUCGUUACGCUAGAUAAGAGUUCUAAUGACUGACAUAUUUUUAAUGAAAUUCCUUACAGAAAAUGGGUAAAAUAUGUCAGAUGAAUCAAAUCAUAAUCGAAAACUAAAUGCAAUUUUGAUAGAUUCUGAUUUUCCUAAAGAUCCAUUAUCUACUAAUGAGAUUCUCAAUAAAUCUGAUGAGAAUGUUUCAGAAGAAUCACUCCUUGAUGACCUCAAAUUAAAUGUCGUUAAUCUUCAUCAUCUAGUUACUUUUAACAGAUUCUCUAUUCAAUACGAUAAACAUGUUUUAGAUAAAGUCAUAUUAAUUGUAACUUGAGGAUACGAGGACCCAACAUUAUUUCUUGGGGGAGGAUCAAGUCAGAAAAUUUAAAGUCAGGAUCUAAACUUUGAGUCUUCGAAGAACAGAAGAGAAGAGAAGGUGAUAUGACAGAAAGAAAAGUCAAAAUUGAACUGAUUUACUCAAUAUGCUUUUUGUUCACCAGUACUUCCGUUCUGUAUAAUAUACAAUAUUCUUGCACUAAACAUGAAUAUGAACUAGGCUCAGCAUGACAUACAUUAUGUGAUUUUUGUCAUAACUUUUUGUAGCCCUGAAUCUAAUUCCAUUUGGAUUACAUAAUUGAUUGUUAUUUGAAAUAUACAUGUUAUCUAUUGUCGUAUAAAAAUUAUCGAAUUAAUAUAUGCUAGUGAAUAAUGGAAUUAAAGAAGUCAAAUAUGAGAAUGGAUAUUUGAAUAUGAAAAUUUUGUACACUCAUUGAUUUGGACAGAUAAUCAGAGAAACGAAGCAAACAAAACCAAGUGAAUUUAAACUUCAUCCCAUUAUACAAUCAUGUAACUAUCAGGGUUCAGUAGCUAAAUGGAUAACGCGAUGGCGUUUAAAGCGAACGGUACUGGGUUCGAGUCUCAGAGUGAACAUCAACUCAGAUGCAGGUACAUUCAGUUGACGAGUCCCAACUAGGACAAAGUGGCGCGCUUCCUGAAUUCCACUGCUAGCCACCAUCCAUCUUAAGGCAAUAUCGAGACAAUAUGCACAAUAUGCAUAUAUGCCAAUAAGAGAGACCUGAUCAAUCGCAAUCCUAAACAAUAAUGAGAAGAUUCAAGCCAACAAGACCAAGUGGAUUUAUUUAUAAAUAGAUUGUAUGAAAAUGGAUCAUCUUUUCUCUUAUAAAAAAAAAGACAAAUUUAAUAUAAACAGAACAAGUGUUUAUGAACACGUAAAUAAUCCGAUUAAAAAUCAAUAAACAAUUCCCUACAAUAAUGAAUGAAAAAUAAAUAUUUUCAGAAUGGUUAUUUUUGGAGAUUUCUAGAAAUUUCAAUAUAUGAAAUCAUGACCAAUAGGUCCUGGG